GAAUCCGUCCAGUACAAGGAACAACGCGUCACGGAUGGCGACUGCUACGACCGGGUGGACUAUACGCUGCCGGACACGGAGGAGGACAGUGGCGAGGAGAACGGGUCACCUCAGCUGGAAGAAGACCCUUCCAUAACAGUCAUCGAGUACGACGAUGGCCUGUACGGCUCCGCCUAUUCUCCGGCCUCCGGGGACCACACGCGGCCGAGCUCGGAAAGCCAGGAAUGCUUCGCCGUGAACGCCGACCUGACGAAGCGCCACCAGCACUCGCUCAUCAACUUCGACUGCGGGAGCUGCUCGGCCAAAAACUCCAUGUUCAUCAGAAACGAGAAGCAGCUCUCCUGCCCCGACUGCGGCAAGACCUUCUCCGCCAUCUCGCACCUCAUCCGCCACCAGAGGAUCCACACCGGGGAGAAGCCCUUUGCCUGCAGCGACUGUGGGAGGAGCUUCAACCAGAAGGCCACGCUAAUCAAACACCAGAGGACGCACACCGGCGAGAAGCCGUUCGUCUGCUCCGACUGCGGCAAAUGCUUCACCAGCAGCGCCAACCUGACCCAGCACCAGCGGGUCCACACCGGGGAGAAGCCGUACACCUGCACCGUGUGCGGGAAGAGCUUCCGCAGCAGCCCCAACCUCAUCACGCACCAGAGGAUCCACACGGGGGAGAAGCCGUACUACUGCGCCAUCUGCGGCAAGUUCUUCACCAACAGCUCCGUCCUCGUCCGGCACCAGAAGACCCACACCGGGGAAAAGCCGUUCUCCUGUAACGUGUGCGGGAAAAGCUUCAUCCAGAGCCUCAACCUCGUCCGCCACCGCCGGACUCACACCGGGGAGCGGCCCUUUACCUGCUCGGAGUGUGGCAAGUGUUUCGCCCAAAGGUCGGUCCUCAAGCAGCACCACAGAAUCCACAGCGGCGAAAGGCCCUUCCCCUGCGACUACUGCGGCAAGUUUUUUAACCACAAGUCCACCCUCACUAAACACCGGAGGACUCACACGGGCGAGCGCCCGUUCCCUUGCACCGAGUGCGGCAAGUCCUUCUCCAGGAAGUCCAUCUUGGUGGCGCACCAGCGCUUCCACUCCCGGGAAAAACCGUUCCCUUGCCCCGAGUGCGGGAAGUAUUUUCGACACAAGUCCCACCUGGCUGAGCACCGUAAGAUUCACACGGGCGAAAAACCUUUCUCGUGCUCCGAGUGCGGCAGACACCACAAUGGCAGAGAAGACGGAAGCGUCACUUCCCGUUCCAAACGCCACAAUGGCGAGAAGCCAUUCUCCUGUUCAGAGUGUGGGAAAGGCUUCAUAUGGAAAGAACACCUUCUUAGACACCAGAGAAUUCACACGGGCGAGCGUCCUUUCUCAUGUUCAGAGUGCGGGAAAACUUUCACCCAAAAAACAAAUCUCGUAGUGCACAAGAGAUUCCACACCGGCGUGCGGCCAUACCCUUGCUCGGAGUGCGGAAAAAGUUUCACAUGGAAAGGGAACCUACGUAGACACCUGAGAACUCACACUGGCGAGCGUCCUUAUUCGUGCUCAGAGUGCGGGAAAGCCUUCACACAAAAAGCAAGUCUUAUUUUGCAUGAACGCCUUCACACUGGAGAGAGGCCGUAUUCUUGUUCGGAGUGUGGGAAAAGUUUCACUCAAAAAGGAGACCUACUUACCCACCAGAGCAGCCAUAUGCCCGAGCGUCCUUUUUCAUGUGCAGACUGCGAGAAGACAUUUAAAAAGAAAUCUGAACUUGUUCUACACCAGAGAGUCCACACCGGGGAGACCUUUUCAUGUUCGGUGUGUGGAAAAUCAUUCACAAAGAAAUAUAAACUUGUUACGCAUCAGAGAGUCCACACCGGAGAAAAGCCCUUUCCUUGUCCUGAGUGCGGCAAAUGUUUUCCAUCUAAAGAGAACCUCAGUAGCCAUUUGAAGUGCCACACCAGUGAGAGGCCAUUUUCCUGUUCGGAGUGCGGGAAACGUUUUGCCAGGAAAGCCUACCUUCUCAGGCACCAGAGAAUUCACACGGGCGAGCGCCCUUUUUCAUGUAUGGAAUGCGGGAAAUGUUUCACCCAAAAAGCGAAUCUCAUAGUGCACGAGCGCUUUCACACUGGCGUGCGGCCAUACGCUUGCUCAGAGUGUGGGAAGUGUUUCACUCGGAAUGGAGACCUUCUUACGCACCAGAGAACUCACACUGGGGAGCGUCCUUUUUCGUGUUUAGACUGUGGGAAAAGUUUCACGCAGAAAGCGAGCCUUGUUUUACAUGAGCGGCUUCACACGGGCGUGCGGCCGUAUUCUUGUUCAGAGUGCGGGAAAAGUUUCACCCAGAAAGGCGACCUUCUUACCCACCAGAGCAGCCAUAUGGACGAGCGUCCUUUUUCAUGCUUGAACUGUGAGAAGACGUUCAAAAAGAAAUCCGAACUUGUUCUACACCAGAGAGUCCACACCGGGGAGACCUUUGCAUGCUCAGAGUGUGCAAAAUCAUUCACAAAAAAAUAUAAACUUGUUACGCACCAGAGAGUCCACACCGGAGAAAAGCCCUUUCCUUGUCCUGAGUGUGGCAAAUGUUUUCCAUCUAAAGAGAACUUAAGUAGUCAUUUAAAGUGCCACACCAGCGAGAAGCCAUUUUCCUGUUUGGUGUGUGGGAAGCGUUUCACCAGGAAAGCCUGUCUUAUUUCACAUCAGGACUCUCACACUACUGAGAAGCAAUAUACCUGUUCCACGUGUGGGAAAAGCUUCACCUUCAAAAACAGUCUUCUUAGGCAUCAGAGGGUCCAUUGUGGGAAGAACACAGGCCCCCAAAGUGAAGGAAAUUAG